CGAUGCCGUGCAAUACGAUUACGACAGAGUUUAUGGCGAUGGCAGGAGUAGCAAGCGGCAAGCGUUACCGAUGAGCAAGAGGCCAAAAGGCGAACGUGAACGUCGCAUCGCGUCGUAUCGCGUUGUAUCGCGGCGUAGUGAAUCCGAGUCGGGCCGAGUCGAGCCGAGCCGGGACGAUCCGUGCCGACAAAUACCGAACCGAGAGCGCAAGACGCUUGUUUAGUGACAAAUACACGCACCAAAACGUGCAAUUGUCAAAUAGCUUUUCGGACUAAUAUCAAUCGCAAAACGAAUCAUACUUGUAUAACUGUAAUAUAACGAUCCAUGUAUUAACGAACAUUCCUUCGAUUUUUUAGAUACAUGGUCUUAUUGGGAGAAUGUAUAAUCUAAAGAGGGAACGAUAGAAUCAAUUGAAAUGCAACGUGUUAACGAACGCAGAAACAUAUUCGUACAACGUAUGAUUAUUUCCGAAUCAGUGAAAGGAAGAAGGAUCCGAUGGGAAAUUGGUACGAAAAAUUUUAUAGAUGAAACAGGAAUCUCUGUGAAUUCGCGAGUGCCAAGGAGACAGGACGAAACAGGGCAAAGUUCGAAUUCGAGUACUAAAUGCGUAUUAGGAUUUGAGGCUGAAGGUAAAAAAUCGAGUAAUAAUAGAAAACGAGACGAUAGUAGUUAGGAAAAUAAAGGAACAAAGGAAAGGAAAGGAAAGAAACUGGAGCGGCGAGGAGAGGAAAGAAGCGGAGAGGAGCGAAGCGGAAAGGAGAGGAGAGGAGAGGUCUGGUAGGAAAAUAGUUGUGAAGAAUUCUGGGAGAUAGACGAGCAGCGUUGUCGAGCAGAGAUCGCAAGCGGUGACAAGCGGUGACGAGCGGUGGCGCGCGAAGCGGAACCGAGUCGGACCGAGCGGAACCGAGCGGAGCCGAGCGCAAACUCGAGCGAGACCGAAGCCGAAGCUGAAAUCGUAGGCAAAAGCGAAGGAAGGUUCGGACUUGGGUUCUCGGCGCUGGCUAGCGAGCGGAUAAGCAGCCAGGCGGAUCGGCGGCGUAUCGCGAGCGAGUACGGCCGAGAACGUGCGCGCGUACAGUAAUUGACUUUCUUUUGCCGAAGAGCACCUCGCGUAUCGAACUCGUUUGUUGAGGCGAGUGCGCGUCUUCCCGGCUGGACGCGCGCGUGUACCGGCCGUGUAUGGACGGCGGCACGCGUGCACGAGUCGAGGAGGAAAAAGCCCUGGAUUCGUCUCGCCUGCGAUCCUCCGCUCGGCUCGGCUUCACGAGUUCCUCCUCGGCCGGCAGUCCUCGUAUCGCCAGGCGUAAAAGGAAGAAGAGGAGACGACAACAGCGACGAAACAGUAACGUCGACGACGAGGACGAGCUCGUCGUCGUCGGUGGCGGUGGCGGUGGCGGUGGCGGUGGCAAAGUACUAAACACCGUCAACGAAACUGUCGACACGAUCCCACCGAUCAAGGAAGAACAGCACCAGCCAGGGGAGCAAGUGAUUUCCAGCGAGGAAUCGACAACAAAGCAACCGAAAAAUCGGCUUUCGCACACCAACGAAUCUCAACGAAACGUAACUAGAGGAGGAAGCGGCUCGCGCGCGGCUGCAUCCUCACUCAGCUCCGGCAACACGCUUCUCAACCGUCGAGCUGCUAGUAAGCGAUCGUCCAGGAGAUGCAACGCGAACGCGCGUAGGAACGCGAUGACGAUGGAUCUCCAGAGACUGAUCACUGAGGUGCACGCUAGGCCCGCGAUCUGGGACCAGAAGAACGUCAACUAUCACAAUCGCGAUGUCAUUCUAAAGAUGUGGCGAGAGAUCGCGAGGGCUUGCGAGGUCUCCACGGACGUCGCAAAAUCAAAAUGGAAGCACUUACGAGACAAUUUCCGCAACGAAUUAAAGAAAACUUAUAGAGGAAAAUGCGAUGGUGGCGCUAAUGAACAUGACUCAAAAUGGGUUUGGUUUAAGAGCCUGUUCUUCCUGCGAGAUCAAAUGAAUUCAAGAGUAAUCGGGUGCACUCUUUCGCAAAAUUGCUCAGCGGCUCUUCGAUCGUCGCCAGAAGAAACGCAAAUCGAACCUCAGAUCGAUAUUUUAGAAGGACACGAGGAAACCCAAUUUGACGAUUUAGAUGGUGAUUCUUGUCAAUCUUUACUCUCGAACGACGAUGGUCUUCAUCAAGUUAUGCCACCGCCUAAGAUGAGUAAGAUCGGUAGAAAAAGAAGUUUGAUGGAUGCGAUAGAGAACAAUUAUUCGGAAGUCGACCGAAAAAGAUUCGAAUCUCUGCAAAAGAGACUAAGGGUCUCGCAAGAAGAAGAAGGAGACGAUACUUAUCAUUUUUUGAUGAGUGUUCGAAAUCCUCUCAAAAGCUUACCGCUCGAUAGACAAAUGUUUAUUAGGUUGAAGAUUCAAGAACUCGUUUACAAUGAAAUCAAUUUGCAAAAUCAACAGAAUCAAACGUACGAAGUUUCUCAAGACGUAAAACCUCCGAGAACAAGAAAUGCUAGCGGAACCGCUGGAAUCGGAGUCGGACUAGGAGGUGGCGACGUUGGUCUCGCCGCACCCGUUGCAGUUGCCGAUACAAAUGGUGGCAGCAGUGGUGGUAGUGGUGGUGGUGGUGUUGGUGGUGGUGGUGGUGGUGUUGGUGGUGGUGGUGAUGGUGGUGGUGGCGGCGACGACAUUGCUGCUGGAUGCGUUGGAGGUGGAUUAGGGGGAGGACAAACCGUUAACAACAUGUCUAACCACCCUGCAUCGUUACUUCACAAUUGCACGACAGAGGGCUCCAGCAACAAUGCCUUUUUCGGUUAAUAUAAUUUGCAUUUUAAAAUGUAAGAAUCGUAAUUUUAUUAAUAGAAAAUAAACAAUGGUAUUUUUUCAGUA